GAAUCCGUGGUGGAUUUCACAAGUGGACGCAAUUCUGCAGGCUGCUUCCUGAAUGUACUUGCUCCCUCUCUGUUUGGUUUACAGUCUCCUGGGUCUUUAGAGGACGACCUUAUUUAUACAGAGGAUGAAUAUGAAGAUGAUGAUGAUGAUGACGACGAUGAAGAUUAUCCUCAUGUCACUAAAAACCUUUUGGAACCACAUCUACAAAUAAAACAACUCACUGAUGAGGAAGCCGAUAAAAUUGCCAAGGAACUUAUAGAAGAAGAAGAACGACAAAAGAGCAAAACUGAGAGAAACAAGCGUAAAAAACAGGUUAAUACACAGCAGAAAUUGUGUGAAUUCUGA